UUACAUUCAUGUUUUUGUCAACGUCAAUAUGUGAAUUGUACAAAUUAAUUAUAUUAAUUAAUAAGUUAGUUCUUUAUUAAAUUCUUUGUAAAUUAGUGUUUUUUAAAUAAUUUUAUAGUUAUUAUUUCAAUUUAUAGUGAAGAUUGUUUAAACUACAGUAAAAAAAAUCAACGUGAAUAUGUUUGAGGUAUAGUCCAUUAAUUAGGAAUUCGAUUUAAAAAAAAAACUUUAUAAUAUUCAUUAAUACUAAAUCGAAAUAAAUAUGGAUGUCAGUACUCUAUUUCGAACUUGUGUGCAAAUUGUACAUCAGACUAAUAAAAUUAUUGACAAUGACAUAAAUUUAAAGUCAUCUUAUAAAAUACGUCGUAAACAAAGUCCAUUUAUUAUUAAAUCACAAGCAGUUGUAACACAAAUUGCAAAAUUACGUGAAUUUUUGCUUGAAAAUCGUCCAGCGUAUUUAAAUUUUUCUAAUCAUUUAUCAAAUAAAACACAUAUGACAGACAAUGAUCGUGAUGAAAUUGAUGCUGGUGCACAACAAAUAAUGACAAAAUGUUCUCAAUUAAUUAAAGAAUUAAGACGUGAAAUUGCAAAAAGUGAAGUGUCACCGCAAAAUACUGAACAUCGUGAAAUAAUGUUAAUUUUAAUUGAAAACUAUUUAAAAAAUGUAUGUAAAAUUUAUUCCGAACAAAAAGCAAUACGUGUAAAAAGAGCAAUUGAAUAUCGUAAAGUUGCUAAACUUGAAAUAGAUUCUAAAAAAUCAUUAAAUUUACCUUCAAUUGGUAAUAAUAAUAAUAAAAAAGAAAAGGAGUCUGAUAUUAAUAAAUCAUCAAUGACAAUUCCAGAAAUUGAUAACGAUAUAAAUGGUACAUUAAAUUUUGAUCAAGAAUUAUCGCCAGAGGAUAUUCAAAUGUUUGAAUCAGAAAAUGAACAACUUUACAAUGAAUUAAAUACAUUAACUGAAGAAGUAAAACAAAUUGAAACUAAAGUUGUUCAUAUUGCCGAAUUACAAGAAGCAUUCACCGAAAAGGUCAUGGAUCAAGAUAAAGAUUUAGAUCGUUUAAUGACAACUGUCGUUGGUUCAACGGAAAAUGUUAAAGAAGCCAAUGAACAAAUUCGUCAAGCAAUUCAAAGAAAUGCCGGCCUCAGAGUUUGGAUAUUAUUCUUUUUAAUAGUAAUGUCUUUUACACUUUUGUUCUUAGAUUGGUAUAAUCCAUAAGAAAAAAAAAUUAGUGUAUAUAAUAUACGAUUUCUUUAUAUUUUAAAUCCAAGAUUUAUAUUAUGAAUAUUUUUUUUCAAAUGAUGGAGAUAAAAAGAAUAUUUUUAAUUAAAACAAUUAAACAAAAAAAGUAACGUUUUAUCUAUAGUGUAAAUUAUAAAUAAGGAAGGAGAAAUAUAUUUAUAACAAAAUAGAAAGAGAGAGAGAGUCUUUGCCAAAAUAUGUUGGUAUAUUGUAUCAUCAAAAAAUUGUACAUAAUUACCACUACUUAUACAAUAAAGAUUGUAAUAUAUGUAUA